GGGCGGCCGCGGGCCUGGGACCCUGCGCCCCGGCCUUCCUCUCCCGAGCAGGGUCCCGAGAGCCCCGCCCGACCUCCGAGCCUCUAGCCAUGGCUUCUCUGCUCGCCAAGGACGCCUACCUGCAGAGCCUGGCCAGGAAGAUCUGCUCCCAGCCCAGCGCGGAGCCGCAGAAGCGCAAGUCGGCUGGCAGAACUCGAGGCUCAGAAGCUGCUGGGCCCCCGAAAAAGAAGAGGAAGAAAGCGCAGAAGAAACCCCGCGCGCGGGAGGAGAAGGCUGCGGAGCCUAAGACCCAGGCCCUGGGGGAGAAGUCUCCGGCCACUUCCGGGGCCAGGAUGCCAGUGACAGCCAAGGAGGAGGAACCCUCCAGCUCCACAGGGGCCCUUGCAGAUGGCUUGGCCACAGAGCCUGACUCCGUCUUUGCCCUGGACGUUCUGCGGCAGCGGCUGCACGAGAAGAUCCGGGAGGCCCGGGGCCAGGGCAGCACCAAGGAGCUGUCUCCCGCCACUUUGGAGAGAAGACGCCGGAGGAAGCAGGAGCGGGACCGGAGGAAGAGGAAGCGAAAGGAGCUGAGGGCACAGGAGAAGGCGGCGAAGGCCGAGGAGGCUGCGGGGGCUGCCGACCCGCCCCCCGAGGCGCCCCGAGAGGAGGCGCAGGGGCAGCCCGGGCUGCUCUUCAACAAGGUGGAGGUGAGCGAGGAGGAGCCGGCCAGCAAGGCCCAGCGCAGGAAGGAGAAGAGGCAGGAGCUGAAGGGGAACCUGACGCCGCUGACGGGCAAGAACUACCGGCAGCUGCUGGAGCGCCUGCGGGCGCGGCAGGACCGGCUGGAGGAGCUGCGGGGCCAGGACGAGGGCAAGGCCCGGGAGCUGGAGGCCAAGAUGCGGUGGACCAACCUGCUGUACAAGGCCGAGGGCGUGAAGAUCCGCGACGACGAGCACCGGCUGCAGGAGGCCCUGAGGCGCAAGGAGAAGCGGCGCGCCCAGCGGCAGCGCAGGUGGGAGAAGCGCACGGCCCACGUGGUGGAGAAGAUGCGGCGGCGGCAGGACCGGCGGCGGCAGAACCUGCGCAAGAAGAAGGUGGCCAGGGCCGAGCGGCGCCUGGAGAAGGCCCGCAGGAAGGGCCGCAUCCUGCCCCAGGACCUGGAGCGCGCCGGCCUGGUGUGAGGGCCUGCGGCCUGGGGCCCAGACCGCGCCUAUCCGGGC